CUGGAGGACUGCACGCUGCAGGUGUCACCCUCAGGGCACUACCUGGACCUCGACUUGUCUCUGCUGGAGCAGAAGGAUGAGCUGGAGGGUUUCUACGAGGAGGUCAGGAAGGGGAGGCGACCGACCCUCAUCCUGCGCACGCAGCUCUCGGUCCGGGUUCACGCCAUCCUCGAGAAGCUCUACAACUCCCAGGGGCCGGAGCUGCGGAGAUCCCUCUUCUCCCUCAAGCAGCUCUUCCAGGAGGACAAGGACUUGGUGCCCGAGUUUGUCAACCUGGAUGGGCUGACGUGUCUGAUCAAAGUGGGGGCAGAAGCCGACCAGAACUACCAGAACUACAUCCUCAGGGCCCUGAGCCAGAUCAUGCUCUUCGUGGAUGGGAUGCAGGGGGUCAUCAACCACAACGAGACCAUCCAGUGGCUCUACACCCUCUCGGGGAGCCCGUUCCGCCUGGUGGUGAAGAUGGCCCUGAAGCUGCUGCUGGUGUUUGUGGAGUACAGGGAGCCCAACGCCCUGCUCCUCAUCCAGGCUGUCAACACCACGGACCGGGCGAGAGGCACGUGCCCCUGGUCCAACCUGAUGGCCAUCCUGGAGCAACGCACCGGGGCUGACACGGAGCUGCUGGUCUUUGCCAUGACCCUGAGUGCCCUGAAGCUGGAGGAUGGGGUGGAGGAGCCACCCCCGGGGACACGCAAGGAGAGGAGGAGGACGGAGGAAGGUCGGCGUGGGUGGAGGUCCCAGGGUGGCUGCCCAGACCCCAGCCCCGACCCCCAGCCACUGCCAGGGUCCCCUGGCACCCCAGAGGAACCCCCCACCAAGGACACCCCGGCUGGCUCCGUGCCCAGCAGCCCCACAGGGAGGGAGGAUGAUGCCCCCCCCUUGCGUGGGGACAAGCCUAUUUUGAGGAAGUUUGAAGCUCGUUUCUUGGAGAACCUGGCUGCAGCCCAGAAGGAGAAGAUGGCUUCCAUGGCCAAGGGACGGCUUGAUGUCCUUGGGGAUGCUGCCCUGGAGCAUCCCAGUGCUCUGCCUUGGGACAGAGACAGGAGCACCUCUGAGCCUGGGAUGGAGCCACCCAACAUAAGGUCCCUCCUGGCUCGGCCUGAUGCCACCGACUCCUGCAGCACCAUCUCCUCCGACACCAAGUUCAUGCUGGACAUGCUCUACGCCAAGGGCUCCUCGGAGCUGGGCAGGGAGAAGGUCUUCCCUGAGGUCCCGUUGUCCCCUCCAGGCCAUGGUGCAGGGGAGGAGGACCCCGAGGGAGGUGUCAACCAGGAGCAGGAGGGUGCCUGGCACCGUGGCAGGGCUCCGGAUGGGCCGGUGGCCAGUGCCCACGCCAGGCUGGCACGUGCCGCGUCCAGCGCGGACGCCGAGAGCCAGAAGCUGGAGAACACGGGUAUGGUGCCCAUCAAGAAGGAGGUGGAGCUGACGUGGGAGCGCCUGCAGGCCAGCCCCGUGCAGCUGAAGAUCAAAGACCUGGACUUCACUGAUUUGGGGGACGAAGAAGACUUGGACAUCCUGGACACGAGGCCUAUGGCCAAUGGCUCCUUCCUCCCUCCUGGCAUUGAAGCUACAAGCGCUGGAGCUCUAAUGGUUCCCCCUCCACCUCCUGCCUUCCCUGGUUGCCCACCACCUCCUCCUCCACCUCCUGCCAACCCUGGUUGCCCGCCACCUCCUCCUCCACCUCCUGCCAUCCCUGGCUGCCCACCUCCCCCAGGGCUACCAAGCACCUCAACAACAGAUGGCCCCUCCCAGGCCAAGAAGAAGAGGACAGUGAAGCUCUUUUGGAAGGAGCUGAAGCAGCUGGAUGGCACUGUGGGGCCAGGGAGGUUUGGCCAAGGGACACUCUGGGCGUCCUUGCAGAGCGUCGAGGUCAACGCUGCCAAACUGGAGCAUCUCUUUGAGUCACGGUCCAAGGAAGCACCAACUUCCAAGAAGGCCAUCGACGGGAAGAAGGUGGUGGUGGUGCUGGACCCCAAGAGGAGCAACGCCAUCAACAUCGGGCUGACGGUGCUGCCGCCCGUGCACAUCAUCAAGACGGCCGUGCUCAACUUCGACGAGUUCGCGGUCAACAAGGAAGGGAUUGAGAAAAUCCUGAGCAUGGUCCCCACCGAGGAGGAGAAGCAGAAGAUCCAGGAGGCCCAGUUGGCCAACCCUGAUGUGCCUCUGGGCUCUGCAGAGCAGUUCCUGCUCGCCCUGUCUUCCAUCAGCGACCUCACGGCCAGGCUCCAGCUCUGGGCCUUCAAGCUGGACUAUGAGAGUCUGGAGCAGGAGAUUGCAGAGCCACUCUACGACCUGAAGGUGGGCAUGGAGCAGCUGGCCAGAAACCACACCUUCAAGUGCAUCCUGGCCACGCUGCUGGCCAUGGGCAACUUCUUGAACGGCUCCCAGAGCAGAGGUUUUGAGCUGGGCUACCUGGAGAAGGUCUCGGAAGUGAAGGACACCGUGCACCGGCAGUCCCUGCUCCACCACCUCUGCCAGAUGGUGGUCGAGAAGUUCCCAGAAACCACGGACCUGUACUCAGAGAUCGCCUCCAUCACCCGCUCCGCCAAGGUUGACUUUGAGGAGCUGGCCAACAGCCUGGUGCAGCUGGAGCGGAGGUGCAGGGCCUCCUGGGACAACCUGAAGGUGAUCGCCAAGCACGAGGCCAAGCCGGUGCUGAAGAGCAAGCUGACUGACUUCCUGAAGGACAGCACCCAGCGCGUGGUGGUGCUGAAGGUGGUGCACAGGCGCGUGCUCAACAGGUUCCGCUCCUUCCUGCUGUACCUGGGGUACCCGGCGGGCACGGUGAGGGAGGUGAAGGUGACCUCCAUCUGCAAGCUGCUGAGGGAGUUCGCCCUGGAGUACCGCACGUGCCGGGAACGCGUCCUCCAGCAGCAGAAGAAACGGGCCACCCACCGCGAGCGGAACAAGACGCGGGGGCGGACAGGGCAGGCCAGCCCGGCUCAGGGCUCCCCGGCGCAGGAGGAUGUUCCCAGCUCCCCGGAUGAUGCUUCUGAUGAGAUCAUGGACCAGCUGGUGAAGUCGGUGACACAGAGCACCAACCCCCGGCCCUGCCCCAGCAAGGAGCGCAGGAGGUCCCGGGGCAACAGGAAGUCCUUGAGGAGGACACUCAAGAGUGGGCUCAGCGACGACCUGGUGCAGGCGCUGGGCCUGGGGCGGGCGCCUGGCAUGGAGGUGUGA